CCAAAACCCUUCCAAAAACCUCUGAAAUCCCGGCCUCUCCCCUCCCCUCUCCUUCCCUGUCUCCGCUCCCGAAUUCGGCGAACGCCUCCCCACCGCAAUGGCGAGCUUCAGCCCCGCCGCCGCCACCGCCGCCAACCAGAACCCUAACAAAUCCGUCGAGGUGACUCCGGCGCCCGAAGACUCGGUCUCCAGUCUCAGCUUCAGCCCCAAGGCGAACCAUCUCGUAGCUACCUCAUGGGAUAAACAGGUUCGGUGCUGGGAGGUCCUGCCUGGUGGGGGAUGCCAAGCUAAGGCCUCGAUUUCGCACGAUCAGCCGGUGCUGUGCUCGGCAUGGAAGGAUGAUGGGAUGACCGUUUUCUCGGGAGGAUGUGAUAAGCAGAUUAAAAUGUGGCCGCUGCUGUCUGGUGGGCAGCCCACAACCUUAUCAGGCCAUGAGGCGCCUGUCAAAGAGCUCGCCUGGGUGCCACAGAUGAAUCUUCUUGUCAGUGGAAGCUGGGACAAGACUUUGAGGUACUGGGACAUUAGGCAACCUCAACCAGUGCAUGUUCAGCAACUUCCUGAGCGAUGUUAUGCUCUAUCUCUUUGUUAUCCUCUCAUGGUGGUUGGCACUGCUGAUCGCAAUGUAAUAGUCUUCAAUCUGCAGAAUCCACAGGCUGAAUUCAAGAGAAUUGUAUCACCUUUGAAGCUCCAGACGAGGUGUCUUGCCGCAUUUCCUGAUCAACAAGGGUUUUUGGUUGGAUCUAUAGAAGGAAGAGUUGGUGUUCAUCAUGUGGAUGACUCUCAGCAAAGCAAAAACUUUACAUUCAAAUGUCACCGUGAUGGCAAUGAUAUAUACUCUGUUAACUCACUGAACUUCCAUCCUGUGCACGGUACAUUUGCUACUACAGGAUCUGAUGGAGGUUUCAAUUUUUGGGAUAAGGACAGUAAGCAAAGGCUGAAGGCAUUUAGUAAGUGUCCAGCGCCCAUCACAUGCAGUACAUUCAAUCAGGACGGCUCUAUAUUUGCUUAUGCGGUAUGUUAUGAUUGGAGCAAGGGCGCUGAGAAGCAUAAUCCUUCUACUGCAAAGACAAAUAUCUUUAUACAUAGCGUGCAGGAAUCUGAUGUCAAAGGAAAGCCCCGUACUGGAAAGAAGUAGUCAUGCCAAUGGCAAAUUGAAGAUUGGUGCUCGUAGACUGAUAAAAAAAGAUGAGCUCACUGCUGCUGGUCACUCACAUGAGUGGUCCGCUCCUGAUUGUUAGGGUAUUUCUUCGUACAUGAGACUGAAAGCAAAUUCAAUAUCACAACAAUUGCUGUAUGUGCGACAUGUUAGCUGGAAGUAGCCUUGGAUAUUGUUCUGACGGUA